GUAAAAUCCGCACCGUAUUACACUAAAUCCGCAUCGCUCCAAGCCAACUCCGCAUCACACCGCACCACACUGCACCAAAUCCGCACCAACCGAACAAGCCCGCACCUACGAGAUUGCAUCGAGAUUGCCAUACUUUGCAGACUGGAAUUGGCAGGCCUUGAGGACCACCACUGUGCUGUGGCUCAAGUAGUCGAAUCCCCGGAUGACCGUAUUUCGUCAACUGCAAUGUAGUUCACACGCAACAUUAGCAGCAGCAGUAUGACCAACAACCUGAAGGUGCUGUCCGAGGACGGCCUGCUGGCCGGGGAGCUGGCCAGCGCCGGCCAGCGGCUAGUGGUGGCCGACUUCACCGCCACCUGGUGCGGCCCCUGUCAGCGAAUCGCACCCGUCUUCCUCGAGUACGCCAAACGCUACCCCAAGGCGUUAUUUUUGAAGAUCGACGUGGACGAGUGUCCGGACACAGCCGCUGCUCAGGGCGUCCGUGCCAUGCCCACGUUCAUCUUCUACCGCAGCAAAAACAAGAUCGACAGCAUGCAGGGCGCCGACCAGCGUAUGCUUGAAGACAAGAUAAAGCAGCACUACGGCAGCGGCGACGGCGACGACGCGGCGGAGGACUGCGGCGUGGCCGGUCACAUCGACCUGGCCCAGUACAUCCACCAGGGUAGCUGCGAGUGUCUUAACGAGUCCGACGAGCGGCCGUUCGCAGGCGCGCUGAAGGCCGGCGCCGGCUACCUCGAGUCGGACUGCGACGAGCAGCUCAUCCUCUCGUUAGCCUUCUCACAGGCGGUCAAGGUGCACUCGCUGCGCCUGCGCGCGCCGGCAGAGAACGGACCCAAGAACGUGAAGAUCUUCAUCAACCAGCCCAACACACUGGACUUCGACAAGGCCGAGUCGAUGACACCUGUUCAGGAGCUGGAGCUGACCAAGGACGACCUGGCUGACGGCAUCGUGCCACUGCGCUACGUUAAGUUCCAGAACGUGACGAACCUUCAGCUCUUCUUCCGUGACAACCAGACGGGUGCCGACACCACGAGGAUCGACCACAUCGCCAUCAUCGGCAGUCUGAUCGGCACCACGAACAUGCAGGAAUUCAAGCGGGUCGCUGGGAAAAAGGGCGAGGCUCACUAGCCGCGGUGGACUCUAGGCGAACGCGCGCGGGGCGGCCAGGGAGUGAAAUGACCCAUGAUACGGCCCGCUGACUGGUGUGACUGAGGAGCUGUGUUACUGUGGCGUUACUGGCGUUACUCUUGGAGUGGACGGACGAUCCUCAAUGUGUGCGAAAUAACGGCUGAAAUGGCCAGACGACAGUGAUCGCAGGGCAGUGUUCCGGACUCGGCUAACUAACGAGUGAAAGGCACACCGAGACGCCGUGCUGUGUGCCUGUGUUACGUUCCAUUCGACAUCGAGCUCCCCCGAUGGGGCCUCGGAUUCUGGACAGGAGAGAUAUUGAACUUGUGAUGCAGAAUUGUUUCGGUAGACUGACGUCGGCCGUGCCUGAAUUACAAUGUCGUUUACUUAUUCGGCCUUUGUUGCUUUCUGGACGCAGCAAGUGAAAUGAAUAUAACUAAUUGUCUCGUAAAGUGAACAAUUACGAGUUAGCGCAAAUGUUCUUUACUUGCUGCUGAAAAUGUGGUAGGUAAUACACAAUAAUCCAUCCGCGGAGUUAACCGCAUAA